CCGGCAGCUGCAGGCCCGCGGCCCUCCCUUCCCGGCGCCGCCGCCGCCGCCCCCGCCCCCGCCGAGGAUGCUCCGGGACCCGGGCGCCCGCAUCCCGGCCCGGCCGAGGCCAGUGCUCGUACGUGCUGAGCGCCGCCGCCUCGGAGCCGUGCAUCACCCUCUCUAGACCUCCUCCUACUCCUCUUCCCUGCCCCAUCGUGGUCCCUUCCUCCGCCUCCCUCCUCCUCUGUGACCCCUCUUUCCUCACCUCCUGUCCCCUCCCCCAGCCCUCAGCAUCACCCACUUCCCAUAUUUCACGUGGUGACCCUCCUCCCCUGUCCCACGAAUUAUCAGGCGCCAUAAACCUCCUUCCACAAUCUUGAGCUGAUCGUCCACUUUUCCUGGCAACACUCACCUUUCCAUCGUCCCAUCCCCCUCCUCCCCGACCUCCUGGUGGUCACCAUCUGUGCUAACCCAUCUUCAGCCGUCCCCUCUUUCCCACUCUCCAGGGCAGGUGGGUGCUGAGAAGCUGGCCAAGAGAGGGAAGGUCCCCAGGUCUGCACCGGGAAGGGCUGGCCCCACGGCAUCUCUCUGGCUCCUGAGUGGAGAGGGUGACAGGCAUCACACACCUUGCCCAGUGCUGCUCACUGGGGGGCUUCCAGGGUGAUUUGGCCUCAUCCUGAGGGUGAGCAGACAGUCUUUGGUAUUAGGCAGCCUCUGGGAAUGGACAUCUGAACUAGGCUGACCAGGUCAGGCCUGAGACCGGCUCUCCCAGGUGUUCAUGGUGUGAGGAGUUGUCUUGGAUUGAACUUGCUCUCCAACUGGCCAUGGAUUUGGACUCAAUUCCCCAGAGCCAACUGAGCUGGAAGAUCUGGGGUUGCUUAUUAUUAAAGUGCAGAGCUGCAAUGAGAUGUCCCCAUCCCUGAUGAGGACAGAAAUAACACAGAUGACAAUGAACAGAUGUGUGAAGGAAGCUGGAAGCUACUGUGGUCACUGGGCAAGGAGCUGUCGGGGGAGAGAGUCUCUCCUCUCCCCACUGGGGAGAUGGGGAGUUGUCACUAGGUAGCUGUGAGGAUCAAAUGUUUGAAGCAGUGCUUAAUAAACUGCCAGUCACUCUGCAAAUGUUUGGUUGUCCUAAACAAAUCCUUUCACAGGGACCGACGGCACUUGAUAAUGUGACAAAAACCAGCCUCUUCCACCCCACUGCAGUGACUUUUGCCGGAAAGUGGAGCAGUGGGCACGGCCAACCUUGUCGUUCAUCAAUGCCGCCCCUGGCAGGAUCUGAGGAUCGGUGGCAGCCAUGCCUCCCCCUGCCCCAGCCCCUCCUUCCCCCCCACGCUAAUCUGCAUGGUGUGGGCGCCCUUGGGACCUCCGAGGACUGAUUGUCUGACCUUGCUUCACACCCCCAGUAACGACUCCCCCAAGAUGUCGCUCGAGUGGCUGGUGGCCUGGAGCUGGUCGCUGGAUGGCCUGAGGGACUGCAUCGCCACCGGCAUCCAGUCCGUGCGGGACUGCGACACCACCGCUGUCAUCACUGUGGCCUGCCUCCUGGUCCUCUUCGUGUGGUACUGUUAUCACGUGGGCAGGGAGCAGCCCCGGCCCUACGUCUCCGUCAACUCCCUCAUGCAGGCUGCCGAUGCCAACGGGCUGCAGAAUGGCUACGUGUACUGCCAGUCCCCCGAGUGCGUGCGCUGCACCCACAACGAGGGCCUCAACCAGAAGCUGUACCACAACCUGCAGGAGUACGCCAAGCGCUACUCCUGGUCCGGCAUGGGCCGCAUCCACAAGGGAAUCCGCGAGCAGGGCCGGUACCUCAACAGCCGGCCCUCCAUCCAGAAGCCCGAGGUCUUCUUUCUGCCCGACCUGCCCACCACGCCCUAUUUCUCCCGGGACGCACAGAAACAUGACGUGGAAGUGCUGGAACGGAACUUCCAGACCAUCCUGUGCGAGUUUGAGACCCUCUACAAAGCUUUCUCAAACUGCAGCCUCCCGCAAGGAUGGAAAAUGAACAGCACCCCCAGCGGAGAGUGGUUCACCUUUUACUUGGUCAAUCAGGGGGUUUGUGUUCCCAGGAACUGUAGGAAGUGCCCACGGACGUACCGCUUGCUCGGAAGCCUUCGGACCUGUAUUGGGAACAAUGUUUUUGGGAACGCGUGCAUCUCUGUGCUGAGCCCUGGGACUGUGAUAACGGAGCACUAUGGACCCACCAACAUCCGCAUCCGAUGCCAUUUAGGUCUGAAAACUCCAAAUGGCUGUGAGCUGGUGGUGGGGGGAGAGCCCCAGUGCUGGGCAGAAGGGCGCUGCCUUCUCUUUGAUGACUCUUUCCUGCAUGCUGCGUUCCAUGAAGGUUCAGCAGAGGAUGGCCCACGGGUGGUUUUCAUGGUGGAUUUGUGGCAUCCAAACGUCGCAGCGGCCGAACGGCAGGCCCUUGAUUUCAUCUUUGCUCCGGGACGAUGAGAGUAUUUCCCAUGCUGAAAUCAGCGAGAAGGGCCGAGGCGGGGCCUGGGCAGACUGUGGUCCGGUCCAGUCCCUACCGGUGUUAUGUUUCCAUGCUCAGAAACCUGCCUCAGCGGAAAGCUCUUAUUUGGGAUUUUAUAUCAUGUCGGGUCCCUCUUUCCCUUGGUUAUUGUAAAUGGAAACUUUUCAGCUUGUAUUUCCUUAGAUUUUUUUUUUCCUUCCAAUCAUUUGCUUCAGAGACUCCUUUCUGGCCUAACAGCGCAUUCCUUUGAUUGGUCCUUGAGUGACCAGAGACUUAGUGCCCUUGUAAGUCUGUCUUCUGUUGCUACUUGUUUUUUUCAGUGCUCUGAAAUAGAGUAACUAAAUGAUUAUUUGUCUGAAUAUAAUAAUGUAAAACUUCUUGUGGUCAUCUUAAAAAAAAAAAAAAAAAAAAAAAACUAAACUAAAAACUGCAAACCAGAGGGCUAGAGAACUUGGCCUCUGAUGCUGGCACACAGGGGACCCUUCAGCCACCCGACGGCAGGGGGACAGUCUGCAGCCCCCGCACCUGACUGGCUUCAGUAGCCAGGUGGAGAGGCUGCCAGACACGGUCAGGGUGGCGCACAGUGUCCAGGCCCAGGGAUACUGUCACCAUCCCUAAACCUUGUCACCCUAAACCUUGUCAGGUCCCUGAUGGCAAAAGCACUGGGCCAGCAGGACUGGAGGCUACUCUUUAAACACGGCUUUCCUGAAAAGCUGAAGCUGGUGUCCCCCAGCGCCAAGCUGCAGCUCACACAGAUCAGCCACGGAACGUGUGAUCCGCUUACCUCACUGCCUACAGAAGCCCUACUGCCAAACUGGGCCUGGAAAAUUCCCAGUUUUAGCUGUUUUGAGUCCAUAGUGAUGAACGUUAAGGCCACCAGGUUGGCUGAUAGGAGCUGUAGGGGGAUAAGACCGCGCUCACCCCGUGACAUUCGGGGAAAGCCUUUCUCUGGCAAAACUGGAAUAAUAGAUCUGACCAAAGUUUCCGUUUUGCUUUGGAGUUCUGUUGCCUAUGUGUUUUUUUUGUUUGUUUUUGUUUUUUUUUUUUUUCAUUUAUUUGUCUGUACAUAAAUGUUCAAACACUAGACUCGGAGAUAGUGGAAGAGUUGGCCCUGUGUCUUUGUCACGGCACAAAGGUGUGCACUGCGUGACGAUGACCCAAGCCAGUGUGUGCUAGUGAGGAGACAGAGAAGACCUACAUGCCCAGAGGACCCGUGGCUGUUGUGCUGGUUUUCUGGUCUCCUGUGAAGAACAUGUGGAUCUCUUCCCGAAGGAAAAGGUCCCAGGAGAACAGUUUGAGGCACUCAGUCUAGAAAUAGCCUGUGUUAGCUGAUGUGUGAAAGCGUAGCCGGCCAGCCACACUAGAGACGCCUUUUCUGAAUAAUGUAUAAUGAGCAGUGUCAGAUUUAUAAAGCCGAGGAGUGGUUUGGAAUAUACAGCUGGUCGCAGGUGCAGGUCCAGCAUUUAGAUCCGAAUGGAAAACAGCAGCUUCUAAGAGGUACAACUGUCGGAAGAAAACAAUUGAAAUGCACCAGGCAGGUACUAGCAAGUGUGCAAAGAGCACAUAUCUAUAUUUGAGUAAAAUGUCUACACAGAUAUUUGUCAGUGAUGAGAAUGCAGGAAAAGGCAGACUUUCAAACACACCUGAAGUCUUUUUACUCAUUAAGUAUCUUGUUAAAGAAUCACUGAGGUGCAUGAUUUCUACACAUCCUGACUACUCUGCUCUGCGUUUACAAAACCAACAGCCCGCCCAGGUACCUAGCUACCUGCAUUCAUGUGACGUGUCUGGGGAACAGAAGAUAAAUAAAGGAUCUUGCUGAAAACCAGAGUGAAGUGGUGAGGUCAUCUGUUGUAAAGAAAGACUUAGGCCAGGCUCAGUGGCUCACGCCUGUAAUCCUAACACUUUGGGAAGCUGAGCGGGGAAGAUCGCUUGAGCCGAGGAGUUUGAGACCAGCCUGAGUAAUGUAGUGAGACGUUGUCUCUACCAAACAAACAAACAAACAGAGUGUGGUGGUGCACACCUGUAGUCCCAGCUAUUUGACAGGCUGAGGUGGGAGAGGAUCACUUGAACCUGGGAGGCGGGGGCUGCAGUGAGCCUAGAUCACUUAAGUGCACUCCAGCCAAGACGACAGAACAAGACCCUGUCCAAAAAAAAAAAGACUUGCCAGGCAGAAGGGGGCUAGUGACUUUGAGGCUCUUGUGUUUUGAGUGAUGUCACAGAGACCAGGUGGGUCACUAGAACUGAUUGUGGAUAGUGAAUGAAGGAAAAUGUCCCAAAGUAAUGGGACUAGUGGGGUGGGGGCAACAAGAGCACAUCUAGGGUAUGUUAAGGAGCAAUAGAUGUCUAACUGGGCAAAGAACAAGGACUCUGACUUCAGAAAAGCUGAGGAUUUAGGACUCCGUGCUAGGAGUUUGCACCCUUGGGACCUUGGGCAAGUCCCUUAGCCUCUCAUAGCCUCAGUUUCUCCUCUGUGGGUAUGUGCAGUACCUGGCAUACAAAGGGCACUCAACAACCUUGUUUCCCUUUCUGCCACAGCUGAGUAGAGAAACAGGUGAAGAGGAAGGCUGCCAAACGGAAGAGAUGGGAAAACACAUCGGGACAGCAGUGGGUGUGGCCAGAGAAGCCAGUGGCUACUUUCAAUUGCCUGUGUCUAAUCACAGAGGAAGAAACAUGUCCCUCAGUAGCUAUGUUUUUCAUGUUUUUCCCUUUAGAAGAGAGGGAGACAGGGGGUCUCCCAGCCAAGAGCCCUAGAAGGAGCCGGGCUGCCGCGUGUUUUCACCUGCAAGUGAGGUUCCAGCCAGCAGUCCUGGCUGGGCUGCCACAGCGAGCGGAAGGGAAGAGCACCACUCACCUGGGAUCGCGAUGUUUCUCACCCUCCUCAAGUGUGCACUGCCAACUAGGCAUUGCUAAACUAAUUAAAUGUUGUAGCUCUGGAGGCUCAAGGUGAGAAAGGGGAGCCAGCGGGCUGCAAACAGGAAUCCUGCCUUCCACCCGAGACAGCCUGGACUGGCCUUAAGCUCCCUCUGUUCCCAUGUACUCAAGGCCAGACCAAUUACUAUUUGUACAAGGUCACACCCCAUUCUUCUGAUCCCAAACCCUUUCUCCCAGGCACCUGUUCAUCAGCCCCUAGAGUCACCCAGAUUGUCUGGGUUCUGUCCUUGGUGACAGCGACUAAACUUGUAACAUUGAGUGCUCCGUAGCAUACCGUGGGGGAGAGGAGUGAUCCUGGUGUGCUGGUCCUUGACUGUGGCUGCACGAUGCAGUCACCUGGGAACUUGUCAGAAACCCCAAAGCCCACAUCCCACUCCCAAAGCAUCUUUUUUCAUUGUUCUGAGAGUGGGGUCCAGGCACGGGUCUUUGUUUUAAACUCAUUUCCGGUCAUGAUUCUAAUGUGUAGCUCGGGCUGAGGGGGUCGCUGCUGUGAGUAGCAAUAAUAAUAAGGCCUUUGAAACCAUUCAGCCUGGAGGUUAAAGUCUGAGCUAUGGCCCUGUGUAACACCGGGCAGGCCACCUAACCUUGGUCUCUAGAGGACAGUCACUGUUUUUUGUUGUCUGUUUUUGUUUUUUUGAGACAGAGUCUCCUCUGUUGCCCAGGCUGGAGUGCAGUGGCGCAAUCUCGGCUCACUGCAACCUCUACCUUCUGGUGAUUCUCCUGCCUCAGCCUUGCGACUAGCUGGACUUACAGACGCCCGCUUCCACGCCUGGCUAAUUUUUGUAUUUUUAGUAGAGACAGUUCCACUAUGUUGGCCAGGCUGAUCUCGAACUCCUGACCUCAAGUGAUCAGCCUGCCUCUGCCCCGCAAAGUGCUGGCAUUACAGGCGUGAGCCACCACGCCUGGCCGGCAGGCACUGCUUUUAAACCUAUCCUGCCAACAGUAUGAGCCUCUUGCAAGACCAUAACAUCCUCAUGCUCAGUCCUUGGGUCUCCAGGGCUGGGCCCAUGAUCCAGAUCUGACCAAUCAGUCUUCCAAACUCUGGGCCACUGAGAGAUUGGGUCAGGGCUGGGCACGUGAUCCAAGUUCUUUUUCUGGGACGACUGUGAAAGAGAGGCCACUUUUUAUUAGGUGGGGUGGUGGGGGGAGGUAAAGGGAAAGAAGCUGAGAGAGAAACCCAUGGAGGCAAGCGGGGCCUGCGCUGUGGAGAUCACGUGAGUCCUGAACGCAGCUCUGCCGAAAACCAGCUCUACCUCUGCACUUUUCUGUUACAUGAGCCAAUAAAUGCGCCUUUUAUUCGUAA